CCACGAAAACGCAGACGUCCCGCAAAAGCAUGCGAGCAGUGCCGCCAGCGCAAAGUCCGCUGCGACCUGAACGUGCCAUGCGCGCCCUGCACGCGCGCCAAAUCCGCGCUGAAUUGCUCCUAUCGCGACGGGACAGUUGCUUCAGAUUCCCGAAUAGCAGGCCAAGUCCGAUUUGAUACCCAGCGAGAACCAGCAUCUAAAGCGUCUGGGUCUCGGCCUCGGGGAAUUUCUUCGGGUGGGAACUCGAGCUUGUUGACUCUGACUCCGACCUCCUCCUCGACUGAGAAUGGUGCUAUCGCCGCUACUGAUGACUUGACUCAUGCCAUUCGAGACAUCCAGGACCGACUGGGGUCACUGGAACAGCAUGUUUUGGGUUCGGGGUCAGAGGAGACGGCAACGCGACGGCCCAGCCUAGAACGCCAGUUGCGUGCUCUGGCAGCCAGGCCGGGAUUGAAGGACCUGAAAAAGGACGUGGUCGAUACCGUCAAGGAAGGUCGCGAGCUACGACGGUCGAUCAAGGCCCAACGGUCUGUUCGCUUGAAUGACCCUGUGUCGGGCCUGCGGAAUACGGUUCCUUCAAGGGAGAAAUGUGACGAACUUGUGCGAUGCUAUUUGCGCACGUUCGAGGGAGUCUACCGCGUUAUCCAUGUGUCGACAUUCUGGUCUGAAUACGAGGAGUUCUGGGCGCGGUCUGGGGCUGAUUCAGACACAUCUUCCUUUCUUGUGAAGCUCGUACUUAUCCUCGCCAUCGGGACGGUGUUUUAUCCCAGUGAUGGCAACGCUGAGUACACCCAGCAGGUCCAGAAAUGGAUAUAUGCCGCGCAGUGGUGGCUGGGUGGGCCAUCUGAGAAAUUCACAGUCAACCUCGACGGCCUCCAGACAAUGUGCCUGCUCCUGAUUGCGCGCAAGGCGUGCGGUCUAGGCUCGUCGCCGUGGCUCUCCACGGGCACUCUCAUGCGCGCGGCCAUGGCAAUGGGGUUACACCGCAGCCCGACAAACUUUCCAUCCUUGUCUAAGCUGCAGGCCGAGCUGCGACUACGGCUCUGGGCGACUGUGGUGGAAUUGGUGCUCCAGGAUGCACUGGAGUCAGGCACGCCUGCUCUUAUUCCGGCACAUUUCGACACCGUUGUUCCGUCGAAUGUCGACGAUAACGAUCUAGGUCCGGAUACUGCUUCUGUAUCCGCUUCUGCUAUCAGCGAUCAAGUCACGGACACGUCAGUUCAAAUUCUGGUACAAGAGUCCGUGCAAUUGCGUAUGCAAAUCCUCAACGUGAUACACGACGGCAAGGGCCAGUCCUACCAACAGGCCCUUGACCUAGGCGGGAAAAUGAGAGCCGUCUGCCGGAGUGCUACAGCAUUCCUGCACUCUGUCAAUACCCGACGCCGACGCGGUUCCUCCCUGGAACUGGGCGAGUUUCAUGCAAAGUUCAUCGUUUGUCAGUUACACUGGUAUAUCUUGGCCCUGUAUAUGCCGUUCUUGGUGCAAACAAGGAAGGACCGGCAGUAUUAUUAUGCGCGAAAAGCCUGUCUGGAGUCUGCGAGUGUGAUAGUAUCGUAUGCUGAUACUUCACAGUCGCCUGUUGGUGAUUUCUUACGCCUCUGCCUCAGCGGGAAGGGCACGUUCAAAGGGCCGCUCGGUUUGGAUGUCAUUUCGGCGCUAUGUUUAGAAAUCGUUACCCAGCUGGAAGAAGAUCUCCUCCCAGGACUUCCAGGCCCAGAGGGAAACUCAUUCGACGGGCUCGCGGAUGCGAGUCGCGACCAUCUGAUUGACAUUCUCGAGCAGAUCAAGAACCAUCUCUUCCAAACAAUUGCGAGCGGAACCCCAAGCAUGAAACGGUUUGGCCUUCUGUCGGCUGUCCUAGGGCAGAUCCACGCGAUGAAAACAGGACAGGAUGUGAAGAGGGCGGUUUACGACGCGGCAACGCAAAGCUUCAAAAAGUGUCUUUCGGCGCUGCAGAUGAGCACUGCUCGGUUG